AUGUAAUUACGUAGAUCGAAUAAAAAAAGAGAAAAAAAAAUAUUGUUCGAUAAGUGAUAAUUAAUGAGAUAGUGAAAAACAAUUAUUUUCAUAAGAUUAAGAAUUUACGUUUGUCUCUGUUUAUUCAUUGUAAUCAUAAUACGCGCUAUCUUUACGUCAGAUGGCGCAGUAGAUCAUUAUUAGAUUUAUUCUGUUCCUAUAUCUAUUCAGUUCUCUCGUAGAUCAUUUUUAGUUGAGACGAUUUUCCCUAAAUAAAAUCGUUUCGAUCUUUGUAUACAAAUGGCAGAUAAUUUAAAAAAGGAGUGACAAUUUUUUUUUAAUAAAAUUAAAAGUUGACGUAAUCGAAGAUAAGAUAGUUUUUAAUUUGGAGGAAGAUAACGGAUACGCAAAGAACAGUUGUAUUUAUAUUUACUACUUAUACAGAAUGACAGAGUCAAAAGUUUACGUUUGUCAAUUAUCUCAAAAGGAAAAAGAUUACGCAGCGGCAAAUUUAAAUGAGACAGAUGAUAACAGAUCGCAGAAGAUCGAAGAAAUACGCGAAUGGAUUUUAAAAAAUGAUGAUCUACACGCUUGCACAGACGACUUCUUUAUUCUACGUUUUUUAAGGGCUUGCAAAUUUAAUAUUGAAACAACGAAAUAUAAAUUUUGGAAUUAUCAUGAACAAAGAGGUAAUACUCCAGAAUGGUAUGCAAAUAAGGAUCCAUUUCUGGUCGAAUUACAGGAUAUGUUUGAAUUAGGAGUAUUUUUACCAAUGAGGAAAUUAGAUAAUAAAGGGAGAAUGGUGGUUCUAAUACGAAUCGCCGCACAUGAUCCUAAUAAACAUAAACAAGCGGAUAUGUUAAAGGCUUCUUUGAUGACAUUGGAUAUCGCAAUAAGAGAAAACGAAUCUGCUUCGUUGCACGGUAUAAUAGCCAUUUUGGAUUUAGCAGGUAUAUCUUUCGGUCACGCGCUUCAAUUUUCACCGAGCGUCAUUAAAAAGUUGGUACAUGCUUGGCAAGGUUGUUAUCCUUUAAGAAUACAGGCAUUAGAGUUUAUAAAUUCACCGAUUUAUGUAAAUGUCGUUUUAAAUGUCUUCAAAAGUUUUAUGGUCGAUAAAUUGAAACGAAGAGUGCACGUGCAUACGUACGGAAAGAAAACUUUUCUUGAUAUAGUUCAACGUGAUAUAUUGCCGGUUGAGUAUGGUGGUACCGAUGGAUCUAUAAAUGAUUUAAAAGAUUAUUGGAAAUGUAAAGUGGAAGAAAAUCGAGCGUGGUUCGCUGUGGAAGAAUGUUAUAAAGUAAAAAUUAAAUAAUAUAUAAAUAUAAAUAUAUAUAUAUAUAUUUAUAUAUUUAUAUUUAUAUUUAUAUAUUUAUAUAUUGUGCACAUAUAUUGGUAAAGUUUAGGAAUUCUGCAUAUAAAUUUGGUAUUAUGAUCGUUUCGGAGACAUUUGUAAAAAAACAAUAUAGUUUUAGCAUAGAAUGUACAAAGGGUGCUGAAAGUCUCUAAGUCAGA